AUGGGCAACAAUGUCCCCAUGGUUGAGUUCCUGAGCAAGGGUUCAACCCUCACCAAUGUCACCAGCACCUCGAGGAUGAGCAUCGAGCUCACAGACCCCACGGCCGUCAGGGAAAAGCUGGCUGGAAUUCCGGAUCCGUCCCUGGGAGGCGGCAGCCUGAGGACGGGAACAGCCCUGGCCUUUGCCACCCGGAUCCUGUCCCGGCCGGACACGCGGAGAGAGGAGGCAGCAAAGGUGGUUGUUUUGAUCACGGAUGGGAAAUCCAGCGAUUCCGUGGAAGCCGAAGCCCAGGCCCUGCAGGAUCUGGGGGUGACGGUGUUUGCUGUGGCUCCCGUUCCCCCCGUCACCAACUUCCGGGUGGUGGAAGAAGGACCUUUCAGCCUGAAGGUGGCCUGGACCCCUCCCCCUGGGAAACUGGAGGGCUACAAGAUCUACAUCCCCAGGGUGAAACUCCUGCCUGUGGAAAACCUCUGGCUGCAGAACGAAACCACGGACACGCUCCAGGCGAGGUGGAGCCCGGUCCGGGGAGCGACGGGAUACAGACUCACCUGGACAUCAGCAGUGGCCUCGAGCACCGUCCGGAUGCUGAACGUGACUGAGAUUUCCACCAACAGCCUCCUGCUCUCCUGGGAUUCCGUCACCGGAGCCACCGGCUACAGAGUGGCUUGGGGUCCUACCCCAGAAUUCCUUGGCAAGGACCGUCCCCGCCACGUGGCCCUGGGCCGGUUGGUGACAUCCCAGCAGCUCCGUGCCCUGGCUCCCGACACCGAGUACGUGAUCUCCGUGUCCUUAAUACCCUCUCCAACUCCCCUGGGCUCCGUCCCCAACUUCAGGGUGAUGUCCCUCACCAGCACCAGCCUGUCCUUGGCCUGGGGGGCCACAGCAACUGCCACCAAAUUCCGAGUCACCUGGAGCGCCGUGGGAGCGGGAAAAGGAAAGCAGGUUGCCAAGACCCAGCUCCUGGGCAGCAGAGUGUUGGCUCAUCGGAUCGACCACUUGGAGCCGGACACCCCGUACAGGGUCGGAAUUCGGGCUGUUUUUGGCCGGACUGAGGGGCCAGAGGUCACCCUGACCCACCACACAGGUGGCUUGGAAUCCUCCCAGCUGGUUGGGGCAGAGGCAGCUUCCUUCACCAUCCCCGAGCUGAAGGAGGGCACCUCCUACACCAUCCACGUGUCCGGAAUGAUCCGUGGGCAGGAGGGAACCCCCGUGGUCCUCACGGCCAAAACCUCGGGAAUUCCCGGAGAGUCGCCGAGCGCUCCGGCGGCUCCGAUGACACCGGAUCCGAGGAGAACCCCAUCCAUGGCUCCCGGUAGCGUGGGGGACACUCUGCUCCCAGUAGCCACCUCUCCUAUCCCAGUGGCCACCACCACAAAGUCUUCAAUGAGCCCAGAGACCCCCCAGACCACCACCGGCGUGUCCCCACCGGCGACAACUCCCCCCGGGCCCGUCUGCGGGAAGCUCCGGGCGGACGUCGCGUUCCUGGUGGACGAGUCCUCGAGCAUCGGGCGGAGCAACUUCCACAAAGUGAAGGAUUUCCUCUUCCGGGUCGUUUCCUACUUCCCCAAGAUCGGCCCCGAGGGGACACAGAUUUCUGUUCCAGGCAUCCACAUCCUGGCCGUUGGAAUCUCGGGAGCCGAUCCCGUGGAACUCAGCCGGAUCCUGCCGCGGGAAAACCCCCGGAAUAUUGGGAAUAUUUUCUACGCCGGCACCUUCGAGGACCUUCCCCAGGUCCUGCGGGAGCUCAUCGAGGCUCUUUGUUCCCACCCUCUGCUCCCGGCUGGAAAGGUUGCCAAAAACGAGGCCACAGAGCCCUUUGGUGACUCGGAGACCAAGAUCCAGGAUCCUGAUCCAUCACCAGCCCAACCACACAUCCCAAAAGAGCAGGAGCCUUGUGGACCUUGGUGUUCCCAGAGCUCCAGGGCUCCGGCAGCUCCCGGCGGGUCCGACCCCAACGGCUCCACCACGAAGGGGGAGAAGGGGGAGAGGGGCGAGCCGGGAUACGUCCUGGGAGGAGUGGAGGUGAUUCCCGGCCGGAAUGGGCAGCCGGGCCCCCCUGGACCCAAAGGGCAGCCAGGCGUUCCUGGGGCGGCAGGACCGCCGGGAUCACCGGGAAUGCCGGGACCACCGGGAAUGCCGGGGCCUCCAGGGAUCUCCAUCAAGGGCCAACCAGGAGAUUCAGGAGCCAGGGGAAAACCUGGGUUGCCAGGCCCUGUGGGGCUCCAUGGAGUUCCUGGACUUCCUGGACCGCCGGGAGAAAAGAAUUCCGCGCUUGCCUCGCAGGGAAUGGCAGGAAUGGGAAUUCCUGGCGCUGCCGGCUCCAAGGGGGAAGAAGGAGAGCAGGGGCCGACGGGACCUCCGGGAGCACCAGGACCGAAGGGAAUUCCAGGAACUCCAGGGCAGAAGGGAGAGCAAGGAGAUCCUGGAGCAGCAGGACAGCCAGGAAUCCCGGGAGACAAAGGGGACAAGGGAAGUCCAGGAUUUGGGAUUCCCGGUCAGCCCGGGCUGAAGGGAGACACGGGAGACAGGGGGGAACCUGGACUGCCUGGAAUUCCUGGAAGUGUGAUAACUUCCCUGGAGAACAUCCUGAAAGGAGACAAGGGGGAUCCCGGGAAGGACGGAUUGAGAGGGGAAAGAGGCCCCCCAGGCCCAAAGGGAGAACCUGGUCCACCGGGCCGAGCCGUGGAAAUGGAGGACCUGGAGAAGCUCUUGGAAUCCCACGGGAUCAAGCUGUCCCUGCUGAAGGAACUCUCGGACGCGCUCCUGCGGGACGGGCCGGACGAGCUCCGGUGGCACUUGGGGACAUCCAGGAUGAGCCAGAGCUCCGGGAAGGGUCAGGCAGGCCUGGCUGGCACCAGCCAUGGUGAUACCCCGGGGUUGGAUCCUUUUCCCAGUGUCCUGGGCAGCCCUGAGGGGCCAGGAGAAGCCCAGAGCCUGGAGCUGGAACCUCUGGAAUUGCCGGUGUCCGGAGGAGUCUCCAAGGGUCCACCUGCUGGUGAUUCUCAGCCUGGGCACCAGUUCCUGGGAAACCCUCCCGAAUCCUUGGAGAAAACACCCGAGGAAAGGCAGGAGGAGAGAGACUCGAGAGGGACAAACUCUUCUCUCCUCGGGGGCUUGGCUGUGCCCCCAAAACUCCCAGGGGAUGAUCUGCAGGGAAAUCAGUCCCUGGAGCUUCCCGAGCCCUUGGAAAAGACGGAGGAAGCACAACCACAGCUGGAGGCCAGCCAGGAAAACCGGGAUUCAGGGAACAACUCCACAUUCCCGAGGCGCAUCCGGACCAGGAGAUCUCCCGAGGAACAAACGGAAAAAAUCCCUUUUCCCAACCCUUUGGAAGAUCCCGGAGGAUCCAACGCCCCUUUCCCGGCGGCUCCGGCCCCGAUCCAUCCUCCCGGAGCUCCGGGAGCUCGGAAAUUCCCGCCGGGAUCCACGGUGAUCCCUGGGAACCCUUUCCAUGGGAUCCUUCCGAUCCCUGGGAACUCCUUCAGUGGGAUUCAGGUGAUCCUUGGGAACCCUUUCCACAGGAUUCAGGUGAUCCUUGGGAGCCCCUUCCAUGGGAUUCAGGUGAUCCCUGGGAACCCUUUCCACAGGGUCCUCCUGACCCACGGAAACCCUUUCCAUGGGGUCCUUCUGAUCCCUGGGAAGUCCUUCAGUGGGAUUCAGGUGAUCCUUGGGAAUGCUUUCCAUGGGGUCCUACUGAUCCCUGGGAACCCUUUCCAUGAGAUUCUGGUGAUCCUUGGGAAUGCUUUCCAUGGGGUCCUGCUGAUCCCUGGGAACUCCUUCAGAGGGAUCCAGGUGAUCCUUGGGAACCCUUUCCAUGGGAUUCUGGUGAUCCCUGGGAACCUUUUCCAUGGGGUCCUGCUGAUACCUGGGAACUCCUUCCAUGGGAUUCUGGUGAUCCUUGGGAACCCUUUCCAUGGGGUUCUGCUGAACCCUGGUCUGGUGAUCCCUGGCAACACUUUCCAUGGGAUUCUGAUGAUCCCUGGUCUGGUGAUCCCUGGGCACUCCUUCAGAGGGAUUGAGGUGAUCUUUGGGAACCCUUUCCAUGGGGUCCUUCUGAUCCCUGGGAACUCCUUCAGAGGGAUUGAGGUGAUCCUUGGGAACCCUUUCCAUGGAGUUCUGCUGAUCCCUGCGAACUCCUUCAAUGGGAUUCUGGUGAUCCUUGGGAACCUCUCAGUGGGGUUCUGGAUUCAAGUGAUUCCUGGAAACCCUUUCCAUGGGGUCCUUUUGAUCCCUGGGAACUCCUUCAAUGGGAUUCAGGUGAUCCUUGGGAACCCUUUCCAUGGGAUUCUGCUGAUCUCUGGGAACCCUUUCCAUGGGAUUCAGGAGGAGGGAACGAUCCUGGCAGAUCCCCCUUCCCGGGGCCAAAAGGGAGAAACGGGAGCUCCCGGAAUGCGCGGGGACAAAGGAGAAAAGGGGCAGCCCGGAGAGGCGGGAAAACCCGGAGAAAAGGGCUCCAAAGGGGACACGGGAGAAGAAGGUCAGAAGGGAGAACCAGGAAUUGGGUUCAGAGGUCCCGUUGGUCAGGCUGGGCCACCUGGAUUUAAGGGCGAGCCGGGAGCCCCGGGACCUCCAGGAGCUCAGGGCAUCCAGGGCAUCCGCGGCAACGCCGGAAUUCCCGGAUCCCAGGGGGACAGAGGGGCUCCAGGUCUGCCUGGGAUGCCGGGACAGAAGGGGGAACGCGGGAGGAGAGGCCGGAAUGGAAUCCCUGGGCCCGCGGGAGCGUUGGGAUCGCCAGGAAAAGAGGGGAUUCCCGGGACACCCGGACCCAAAGGCAACAAGGGAGAAUCCGGCGUCGGAGUCUCCGGCCCCAGAGGUCCCCGUGGAAUUCCUGGCCCUCGGGGUGACGAGGGCAUCGUGGGACUCCGGGGUCCCGUGGGAAUGAUG